AUGAGCGAGUCUCUAAGCCUCCGUUCCUCCUCCGAAAAGUGGGGCAGUAGCAACUCAGCCCCCAGGUCCCUGGCAGGGGCAGGCGUUCACAGCCGGGGGUUCCCUGUGCUGCGAAUCUCGGGUCCUUUGGUGUUCUCCACCCCACAUGGGCUCGAAGUGCACGUCCGACGCUCCCACAGCGGGACCCGGCCCUUCGCCUGUGACAUCUGUGGCAAAACGUUCGGCCAUGCCGUGAGCCUGGAGCAGCACACGCACGUCCACUCCCAGGGGAUCCCGGCAGGGCCCGGUCCUGCACCCAGCGUGGCAGUCCCGGGUCUCGAGGCCCCGCCUGCGCCUGACCCCCCGGGGCCUCGUUUCCUCCGGCAGGAGCGCAGCUUCGAGUGCCGGAUGUGCGGCAAAGCCUUCAAGCGCUCAUCCACCCUGUCCACGCACCUGCUCAUCCACUCGGACACGCGGCCCUACCCCUGCCAGUUCUGCGGGAAGCGUUUCCACCAGAAGUCGGACAUGAAGAAACACACCUACAUCCACACCGGGGAGCUCCCCCACCCCGGGCCCAUCCUCCACCUGCCAUCCUCUUCUGCCGCCUACCCGCUCGGAAAUUUCCACGCCUGA